CACGAAUCUUGAGCAUCAACCUGCGCAACAUGUCUCAGUCAAGCACAUCAGCAGCGCGACCCUUGUCUCUCACCGAAGAGCUUGAGAAAUUGGAGCAAAGCAUCACAUUAACACUCCAAGAGAUUGACCACAAUUUCAGCCGAGCACACCGAAUUGUCACCUCCAGUAUCUUGCCAAUUGUUGAGCAGUAUGCAGAGCAUUCGAAUGCGGUUUGGGAAGGGUCAAAGUUUUGGAAACAAUUCUUUGAAGCAAGUGCCAAUGUUUCUCUGUCUGGUGUCGAAGAACGAGAUGAGGACGAUGAUCUCUCUUACACCCAGUCCCACGAGAAUGCAAGCACGUACGCAACUUCAACUUCACAGCGUAGAGAUGAUACACUUCAUCCUGAUGGCGAAGAGCACGAAACCUACGACCAGGCAGAUGAUUCUCUUCUCGAUAAUGUUGACAUUAGUGGCAGCACACCUCGGGCUCCACGGCCAAGGAGUGCCACAGAGGAGAAGCCCAAGUUUGCCGAUUAUCCGUCACCUUACGAAGAAUUGAAGCAAGAACUCAAGGGUGGAGCGAAGGAGCAGGAUGACGGUAAUACACAGAUUGCUCCAGCAACACCAGGCGCUCAAUCUCGGAUUCCGGAUAUGUCUAUGACACCAACUUCAUCGCCGUUCGAUCCGACUUCUUACUUUCAAUCUACUGUGCAGCGAAAGCCUGGGCAAGAUCCUCUGCUACACCGAAUUCUGGAUAAGAACUAUCGCGUGCAAGCUACACCCCAUACCACUCGCAAGGAGCACAGAACCCCGGCGAGCAAACCCUCCUGGCGAGACACGACGUCUCCUAUGUCUUCCCCACCAGCUGCGGCACCACAGUUGCACGCUGAGAUCUUCAGUUCGCCAAUCAGACAGCAAUACAGCAAACCGACCGCACCAAGAACUCCGGGAGUGAGCGUUCUGCCCUCGAGGAGCAAGGCAAAGGAGGCGGCAGCUAAGCCUCCAAAGAAGGACGAAAUCAGUUGGGAAAGCGACAGCGAUGAAGAUGCCGAGGGUGUCUACAGAGAAUUGGGGAUGAGCCCACCCAAGACCAUUCAAUUUUCACUGCUUCAGUCAAGGCUGCUACAAACUCCAGGCAAGUACUCUGGACCUUGGGAUUUCUUUCAUGGCUGACACGAGACAGCACGCGAAGCUAGUAAGCGGAUCGUUGAGGACUUGCUUACAACCGCAGGAGCAGGACUGGAUGAUACAGAUGGCCUUGAUGACAG